AUGCCGGAAGCUCAGUCAUUACGAGCUAUCGAAGUUCACAAAGCCCAAAAGGUCACUAUGCAAUGGGCAGUGGAGUAUGCGGGGGCUUUGUUUGGAAGCCACCCACAAGAGGCUAACGGAUAUCUCGUCGAGGAGGGCUCAAAGCUGAAAGUAUACCUAGACAGGGAAAGCAUUCGCAAAGGGUAUAUGCCAUUCCGAGUAUCACUUGGUCUAGCGAGACGGUGUGGAAUGGAAGACCCAGAGUGUUUGGAUACCGUCAUCCUGAUACUGAGCCAUCCUGAUCCUUCAUUUGUUCAAGCGGUCUUGCAAAAGCGUGGAUAUGCACUGCAUAGUGUGUUCUUUUCACAGAAUCUGCUGAAUGAACACGAACAAGUUGAGCGGCCUAUCGAGGCUGUUCCAAACAGUAGAGUACUUUGCCUAGGUGAUGACCCAUCCCCUAGCAAGAAAGAAGCAUCACCCACCUCAAGCCCUUCUGAGUGCAUGGAGAAGUCAAGCGUGCAAGGUCCGCUUACGUCUUCCUCGCAGAGGAAUGACCCCAUCCAGUCGCCAAUGAAAGUUUACACUCCUCGGCGAUCCAGCAAGAAGCCAGCAUCGAAGAUAUCCCACAUUAAUCAGGGAUACUCAAUACAGUCCAGGGUCCAGCGGAGGCUGAACUAUUAUAUCGAGGGCCACGACCCUUUUGUUGUUGACCCUGGUAUUCCGAGUUGUUCUUUGCGAGAUCUUUACCGGAACGCAGUGCCACCAAAGACGGAUAUUGUGCAGGUGAUUUUUCUCUCCGACCUGGAAUAUACUGCAGCAUAUAGGAAGACCAUUCGUGAGACGGAAACCCUUCCAGCUAGGAUUGGUACAGAUGUCCACGGAUCUCUUACAGCCUUUGUCAAUAUCAAGUCCGAGGCGCAAACCGAGGCCACAUUUCUCGGGGAAUUGUUUGUGUCUCAAAUCCUUCGAGAGGUUCAUGGGCCCAGGUACUGUCCUAACUCACACUGGGCCAGUUCUGCGCGAACGGCAGCCGGGUAUCAAUUCUUUGACUCAGAGGUUCAGCCAACAGCGACAUUCGAGAUUGACGAGCCUUCAACAGACCUGAAAGAUCUUUUCAGGAAAUAUGCCAAUUGCGAAGCCCGGGAGUCGCUCCUUAAAGCAACCAAGAUAUAUCUUGACGUGCAGACGUCAAUGAAAGGACAAGAAGACUCGUUAGAAUUGUCUCCUGUGCGAUUCGAGAAGGCACGCCAAAUCUCAAUUGAUCCGAACCCGAAUACAGCCAUUUACAUAAUUCUGAGGCUAACUUGCAUCACGGAAGGGCAUCCACAGUUGUCUAUUAUUGUAGACCCAUGGGCCCAGCAUGUGAAAGGCAACCUGCAGUUGUUCACUGGAGAUGAGCUAGACAGGAUCACCGUCAGUCCUCACUUCUUGGAGACCCACCUAUGUCCCACGCUCCCGCUCGAACAUUCUUAUUUAUAUCAACCCCUCAAGAGCAAGGGCUCAAUCCGAUUAUUAAGGCUGGAGGCCGAAAACAAGGACGACAUGACCAUUUCCGGUGCGCUUGAAGAGGUUUCUUUGGAUGACUGUAAUAUCGAAUAUAUCGGUCUCUCAUACACAUGGGGCUCGUCUCUAAAGCCGUUCAAGUUAAGGACGAAUCUGGGGUUUAUAGCUUUGACCGCAUCGUUGUACUUUGCCAUAGUGCAGAUGCUUCGAGAUACGAACGGGCCUAGGGUGAUUUGGGUUGAUGCAGUCAGCAUAAACCAGGAAGAUGAAAGUGAGAAAGCUGGACAGAUUGAGAUACUGCAUGAAAUCUUUCGUCAGGCGGCGGGAAUUCUAGGUUGGGUUGGCAAAGAAAGCGGCGACAGCAGACUUGCUUUUGACACAAUGAGAUGCCUUGCACGCAUACCUCUGGAAGAGUUGAGUGGCACUGACAUGAGGGUCAACUCAGACAGAUGGGCCGCCGUUAAUGCCUUGAUCGCACGGCCAUGGUUUCGUCGCACUUGGAUUGUCCAGGAAGUGGUUUUUGCAAGGAAAUUGACUCUGGUCUGCGGCCGGGAUCAAUUACAGUGGGACGACUUUGAGGACGGGAUCAAGAUUUACAUCCACUUAGCAAAAGUUUCAAUCUCCAACCUUCAGAUCCCCAGUAUUCGUCACACCGACAAUAUACAGAGUCUGAGCAGCGAACGCCAGCGGUACUGGGAUAAAACGACCAGCCGACCCAGCUUGAUGGAACUUCUCGAUGCUUUCCAACACACCGAAUGCUCCCUUCUGCGUGAUAAGCUUUUUGCGUUGCGAUCCCUUGCAGGCGAGGCAUCGAAUAACAAGUUCAGACCCGAUUAUCGGUCGAGCCUGACGGAUGUAUUGCACAGAUAUGCAGCGGCGUUUGUUGAGCAAGGGGAUGCCCUACAGUUACUAUCCCGUGCAGCAGUCAGCAGCGAGCCAGACAACCUGCCAUCAUGGGUGCCGCGGUGGACUUCUACACCCUACCCACGGACAGUCACUUCCUGGAGAUCGGCAGAUAUCAAUUUUAGCGGUAGCGGGAGUCCUGAGUCCGCGUUCAACGCAGUGCAAGCGCCGUUCUUCAAGGAUCCGGAGCGCCAUAUCCUCGUGAUCCAGGGUCACUUGUCCGAACCCUUGAAUUUUGUGGGCGUGUGCAAUUCCGAUUCGGAGAAUAUCUUAGAGUACCUCGACGAGAUAUUCAAGACGGUUGAGUCCUUACCAGGAUACAAACAGGGACACGACGAUCUAAUCUGGAAGCUAGCCAUUGGAAAUGCGGCGAACCUGCCCGAGGUCAACGGCGUAGUGCCGAACUAUCGGAAUUCCUACGAAGAGCUCCGAAAGUUCAUGAAAGGCGGCACGCACUGGGGUUCGGGGUCUCCUGUCUCUCUCGCCGCGGAACUGCGUCGAGAGCUGAAGAGAGGUCUCUGGCUGUAUGUUAGAACGGCCAUUCUAUUUGCAGAGGGCCUUCGACCAGCGGUGGUGGCUACAACGAGUAAGGGAUCUGUUGGCUUGGUUCCCGCAGCCGCCUGUCCUGGAGAUACAAUUUGUUUUGUUCAUGGUGCUACGGUCCCAAUUUUGCUCCGCCGGAACCCAGAAACAAACCAGUACUGGACGCUGGGAGAGUGUUAUUUUCCUGGAAUCGCACAGCAGGGCAGCAAAUUUGAGUAUGUGGAGCAACAAGAGAUCUGUAUUUAUUGA